AUGGAAAGUGAUUCAGAAGACGAAGGUUUGGCUUUACAAGUGGAACGCAAGGAAGAAGAGAAACGUAACCAUCACUACGUGCUUAGUCCCGAGGGAACGUUUAUGAUGUAUUGGCUCUUCAUGUUGACACUGGCUGUUCUUUAUAACCUUUGGACGUGUAUAGCGCGAGAGGCGUUCCAAGAAAUACAACUUCAACACAUAGCUCUUUGGACCAGCUUGGAUGUCAUUUGUGAUGUCAUCUACUUAACAGACAUCGUCGUACAGUUCCGUACCGGAUAUUUAGAGCAAGGUUUACUCGUGUACGACUCGAAAAAACUCAGCAAAAACUAUUACUCUUCAUCAGACUUCCGUAUGGACGUUGCAUGUUUAGCCCCAUUAGACUUCUUACAGUUCGCCAUUGGUUGGCAUCCAAUACUUCGUUUCCCCCACGCUUUCUCAAGGUAUACAGGUCUUUAA